GGACGACAAUAAAGUGCYGUAGACCUCCCUCUCCAAUAUGUAUGCAAUACAGCGUAAUUUUAGCCUUCCAGGCUCGCGUUAUGACGCAUUUGACGAACCAAGCCCCCUCGAUUUCAGCAAAGAUCCUGCCGAGAAUAUGAGAGAUGUUCUCAAUCAAAUUACAAGCAAGGAAGAAAUGUCUGUCAAUAAAAGAAUGUGCUGUGUUAAUAACUUUACCAAGCUGAUUCAAAAUAUAGAUGAAAAAGCCAAUCUUGGAUUUUCAUAUGAAGAUAUAAUGGUGUGUUUGGUUGUACCAUUAACUAUGAGAGCUAAGGAAGUGCGAGCAGCUGGUUUGAGGGCAUUGCGUCACUUGUUCAGUGAUGAAUCUAUGUUCUUAGUCAUGCUAAAGCUAMGGCUGGAUAUUUUGAUUGUAAAAACUGGUCAAGCACAAUACUCAAGACAUUCUAUUUUMUCUGCAGCUGUUAAGAAUACACCACUUUCUUCAUUUGUGGGUGGCAUCCAAGCAAUCACAAGGAAUGUCCUUGAUUGCCAAAUGCCAAGGUUGAAUGAAUCUCUUAUUAUUACACUGUUAUACCUUCUGAACUACAAGAAAACAAGAAAAUUUGUACGUCUGCAUGUUGGCCUUGAGGGAAUCUUGGCUCCCUUCACCGACCUCCACUACAGACACAGUGCUGACACACCUGACUCUCAAAUGAAGGAAGACAAAAGUGCUCGUCUUACAGCAAGUAAACUUUCUUUGGUCACUAUUUUUAGAUCAUGGGCAGGAAUCAUGACUUUCUGUAAACCAGAUGGUAAAGGWCUUCAGUCCCUACUUGGUGUUUUUUGUUUGCAAAAUUCUGAUGUCAGGAAAGGAAUAAUGGAAGUUUUAGCUCAGGUUUUUAGAAUAAAAGAACCAACCUGGACUGACGAUUUUGAUGUUGCAUUAAACAGUGUYGAUCCAUCACAGAUGAAAGAGGCCUGGAAACUAUCAGAUGGCUUUGUUGCCCAAGAGGGACGUGAGCUGUUACCCAGGGCAACCAAAUCUACUGGAAGGACCAAUUUAAUAACAAACUACAUGGCUCUUGUGUUGUCUGCAUUUAUCAAUGCUGGAUUACUUGAGAGUCUUGUUGAAGUUAUAACAUCAUCAGAUUGCUUCAUUUCUGUAAGAGCCACAAUACUUUUAGGAGAACUGCUACAUUUGGCAAAUACCCUGCUCCCCCCUGAAUGCAGCAGUCACACUCAUUGUUUGCCGACACUGGUCAACACAGCAACAUCAUGUGAAGUUUCGGCAGCUGAGCGUGGUCUAGCAAGUGCAGCAGUGAACUGUCUUGACCAUCUGCAUCAGAUGAAGAAAAGAGGUCCAGUACCAUGCAGUUUAUACCUUGACCAGAUUACAAGAGCUCUUGAGCCAAAGGUUAAACCUGACAAGCAGCACAAAGACAGACUUCUCCAAUGUAUAAAUAAGCAAGAGCUUGAGGAACCAUAUUUAGCUGCUAUCAGAGACUCACAAGUCAUGGCUCAAGAAUACAGAAACUGGGAUUGGGAUUUGAUCGAAGCUGCUCUCCAGUCRCCUUUUAUUUCAAUGAAGAAAAUUGAAGAAAAUAAUAACCAAAGGUUCGUACGUAACCUUCUUAACUUCUACAAGCCGUCCAGUCAAAAGUUCAGUUCGAUAAACCUAUCAGACCCAAGAGCAGAAAACUUUUCCCGUGUUGGUCUUUUACUGAUUGACUUUUUGAUGGACCCAGAUGAUCCUCUGGGUAUUGGGUGCAAUCUUAUUCAAGAACUCGUCCAGGAAAUAGCAGCUUGYUUACARGARGUGUUAUCUCCUAAUAUGGCCAGUAACAGUGUCCUAAACAAAGACAARAUUACCAACUUACUUAGCAGAGACUAUUUUCUAUUUCUUGGCAAACUAUCGAGUACWAAGGCUGGCUGCAAACUGUUGGAUAAAACUGGAAUUUUCCAAUAUCUUCUUGACUUGUGCUCAACCAAUCUUGACAACUUACUGAAGCUGAUUGUUGCUAGUCUGGACUACAGGGACAAAGGGAUCCCGCGUAUCAUCCUGUCAAAAAUACUUACAGCUUCACCAGAUCCAUCUUCCAGAUUGUAUGCUACAAGUCACAUGCGAGUUCUCCUUAGAUCAAAAAUAGCAUUUUUCAGCAACUGGGGCAUGGAGUUCCUUGUCACUCAGCUUUAUGACACCAAUCCACGAGUUGCAAACGAGGCCGCUGAUGUCUUGGAUGAAGCUUGUGAAGACGAGGCCAAUCUGCAGUACCUGGUGCAACUACGUCCCGUUUUGCUUCACCUGGGAGACAAAGGRGUCCGUCUGCUGACAAGAUUCGUGACAGUUGAAAGAGGGUUUAGUUACUUGUCAUCACUGGGUUAUUUAGAAGUUCUGUUGCGUCAGUGGCAAGAGCAAUAUAAAGUCGAAUAUGUAAGGUGGAUUGAUGAAAUGCUGGCAGAAUCACUUACAACGUACACCAAGCCAACCGAUGAUGAAAGCUAUGUCCGKCGAUCAAAUAAAAAACAUUCAGUCAGCGAYGCCUAUCUUCCACCUCAUCUGUAUGGCGAAUUGGUGCAGAAAAAACAUGGAUUCAAACUUCUUCAGAAGACGAAUGAAGUWGAAAACUGUGUCAGUACGAUACGAACCCUCGAGCCUGACUCACAAAAAAAUGUGUCUGAGAUCAAAGCUGCUUUAUGGGCCCUGGGUCAUUGUGGUUCGUCUAACUGGGGAAUCACCCUCUUGCUGGAGGARGACAUCAUACCAGACAUUGUGGCCAUGGCGGAGGAAAGUGAUAACAUGGCAAUCAGAGGAACAUGUUACUACGUUCUUGGCCUUAUMGCAAAAACCCGCCAAGGCGCMGAAAUCCUAAGUGAUCAUGACUGGAUCAGCAUACGUCACAUCGGCACUGAAGAAUGGCCAGUCGURGAAUCUCAAGAUCAGAUCAUCCCUGCUGUUAUGUUUGGUAGUCCMGURAACCCUUCCCCUACAUAUCCUGGAUAYAACUUAAGCAAAAUCUCAGAGAAGAAUGACAACGGAAUAUACAUGGGGGACGACGUAAAGAAAGCCGCGGAUUCAUCAUAUGACGAACUGAGUGGYAUUUACAUUGGCGAUGAUUCAUCAAACAAAAAGCCCACACACGAAGACCGCACUGAGGGGGGUGGUAUCCUUGCACGCUGGUAUGAGGAGGCUGAACGCCGCCGUAAGAUAGCAAAGCGGGAGACAGGGCUCUAUGAUGACGCAAGUGGUGUGUAUCUAGGCAACGAGAAGUCUCCCCAGAAGUCUCUGUUGAACCAAGACGAGUUCGUCCCAGGAGGAAUCAUGGCGAAACUUUAUCAGAAUUCUAGUUUGAACAAUAGGAAAGAAAACAAGACUCAACACMGGCGAAAUCGAAGYGAUGGGAAUUUUAGCUCCAGUACAAGUUCUUUAAACGAUGUCAAAGAUAUGGACUCUAAACUCAAACGCAGAACGUACUCAAAUGUUGAUCGUUUGCAGUCAAGUGUGGAUGGGUCACCCACUUCUAAUCAAGAUUCUGGAGUCGAGAUACGACAGAUGCGYUCAAUGAGUGAGUCGACGACGAGUGAUAAUCCCGAUGAACCCCUUAAAUUGAAACGAGAUGCUCUAMUGAACUCUGAGUCACGGACGAGGUACGAUAGCACAGGYUCYGAGUUGACCGUGACGGUGAGUCACGCAAGAACCGGUAGUAACGUCAGUAGCGUCAGUGCUGGGAGUGUAGGAUACCACGACAGAGAGGCUAGUUUUGAUAGUAGUAUGGAGUCAGACGACCCUCCGGGUUAUUCGUCAAAUUCCCCAGACACCAAGGUCACCCCUAAUACCAUCAACCCACCACCCAAGCGRCUCCUGGCGAGAAAAUAUCAGUCGGAAGAUAAAGACAAACUUAAACCACAAGAUGGUGGACACCCCAUUCUCAUGAGACAAAGAAGUAUAAGUUUGACUGAAAAGCAACGAACCAAGUCACCAACGCUUGCUCUUAUUGCAGAGAAUCGGAGCUCUAGUUUCCAUGGAAGCACAGAGUUCAGUAAAAUCACAUCCACAAAGCGUUCAACUGGGGAGAUACCAGUUUCACGCAACUCAUCCAACGUAGACGACGACAUAGACCUUCUAAGCAGCUAUACGAGCACUACAAGCCUUACCGAGGUGAAAAUCCUUAGCGAUAAAACUAUUGUUUUCCAUAGUAGCGUCGAGAAAGACAGGGCGCAAAGYUUUGACAGUUCACACAYUAGUGACCURCGAAGAGAUCGCCUCCUCGUGUCGGGGUCACAGCUCAGCGACUCGGACGCCGAGAUCGGCGCGUUCAAACCCCGAAGCAGAACGAGCUCCUACGAGAAAGCCGAGCUUGCGCGACGACUGGGCUUGAAAAGUGGKGAUAUAUCACAGCGGGCGUUYAACCGUUCCCGUAGCACCAGUAGCGGGUAUGGUCCAGAUGGGUUUCGAAAGAAAAUUGUAAAUAAUAACAGUCUGUUAGGAAACACGAAUUAUGUGACUAUAUCUGGCGACUCCAAUAAACACGCUCGUUCYAGUUCUGAUCUUGGGGCUUAUACUACAAUGAGGGACGCUUCGGGAUAUGUUGCUUUGAGUACAUUGAGAAGACAACAUAGUUUGAGCAGAGAAGCCUUGGUCAACGCUGACAGACCUUAUUUCACCGCGGCACCUGCAUCAACUGAUACUACAAGCACCAGAGAAAGCUUAAGUAGUUCGUCGGGUAGCUAUGAAUAUCGACAGCUUACCAGUUCUAUGUCUUCUUCUUCAACUGGUACCGAGUUUGUUGGCCUAUGUCUGCCUCUGAACUUAAGCUUGCUCUUUCAGGUUGAGCCUUACGUCUUUGAAGGUUCGUGGCCAGAUAACUUCGUUUCGGAUCCAAUAACACCCGGAACGGUCUCUAACGUAGAAGGCAUUAAUGAACUCCCCGAGGAUCAYGACCCUUCYCGCUGUCUCGGCUGCAUGUACUCAAAACGAACCAAAUCCAUGAACGARAGGAGAAAAUCUAUUGACUCGUUCAGUGAUGCAGAAAAGAUAUCUUACCAAAGCGAAACCACCGAAGAYUCGCAGAGYAGUGUCUCGCCAAGUUCAGUAAGCAGCGCGUCGGAUUCAGUCCGAGACGAUCAAGAACCUCGUAAAGCCCUCGACGGAUCAUCGCCGGGUGGUCGGGUACAGAUUCGUAAAGAGAUUUUAAGACUAGUGGUCAAGUUGAGCAGCGCUGUUGGUUCAAAGUCGCACCAAGAAGGGCUUUCACAACUCAAAGGUCGCUUUCCAGACAUUUUCCAAGAUGUAUGUUUGUUCUGUGAGGUYGUGGAUUUGAUGAGCGUCUAUCAGUUCCGGCUUGCUACACGAAGAUUUUUGCUAAAUGUCAUCUUUAACGAAGUGGCUUUUACCGAGAUCAUUGAAAGAGCCGAUGCAAUCAUCAAUGGUUCAAUAAUGAACAGUACAACUACUCUNAGUGUCUCGCCAAGUUCAGUAAGCAGCGCGUCGGAUUCAGUCCGAGACGAUCAAGAACCUCGUAAAGCCCUCGACGGAUCAUCGCCGGGUGGUCGGGUACAGAUUCGUAAAGAGAUUUUAAGACUAGUGGUCAAGUUGAGCAGCGCUGUUGGUUCAAAGUCGCACCAAGAAGGUCUUUCACAACUCAAAGGUCGUUUUCCAGACAUUUUCCAAGAUGUAUGUUUGUUCUGUGAGGUCGUGGAUUUGAUGAGCGUCUAUCAGUUCCGGCUUGCUACACGAAGAUUUUUGCUAAAUGUCAUCUUUAACGAAGUGGCUUUUACCGAGAUCAUUGAAAGAGCCGAUGCAAUCAUCAAUGGUUCAAUAAUGAACAGUACAACUACUCUCACAGAUAUGAAGGAUUGAUGUAACAAAGGAAAAUCUCGUAUUACUUCCAGUCAGAACCAUUAGAAAUGAUAAUACAGCGACGACAUCUUGUGCAACAAAACAUGAUGGGAGAUGUAGUCCUCGAAUUUUGACCGCCAAAAAUAUCUACCUUAGAGAAACAGCAAGAUGUCAUGCAUCUUAUCAGGGAAAACACGGAAAUGUAUUUUGAGCCAAGAGUACCGUCAUGCUUUGCUCGCGAAAAUGGCGUCGCUGCACAUUGGCUAUUAGGAAGACGGAUUAAUCAACCAAAUAUGGUUUCGAAAUAUUUGAUAGCUCUUUAAUAAUGUUGAUUGAGCCGCCAUUUUGGAUUGUGGAAUCGUAAGGCCAAAAGCCACAACCGCGCUAUAUGAAUUUACUGUGUAGUGUAGGAAUUCUUGAUUUCAUACUUCUAAUUUAUGAAAUACUGCAUCCAAGCAUCCAACAUUCAGAUGUCUUUCAUAUGUUGAAUCAUAAAAUCUUCAGCGCACUUUGGACAUACUAGAAUUUCUUGUAGAAGAUGGCAAUUCAAGAUGGCGGACUUGUCUCUUGUAAUUUGAGAUCAUUAGGGAAGAACAUAUUUUUUUGCAAAAUUUAUGUGCAUGGCAAUGCGACACGGCGACAUAUCGGUUCGUGUGCUACCAAAAUAUGGCACUCUGUGUUGCUGCUUUGACAGCACAUACGAAUUCAAACAGUUUUGAUAAGUGGAGGAUAUCAUGGGGGCAAAAACUGAAUCUAUCGAUAUUAAUUUUGCGGUUGAGUAAUAUUUUACKUGGUGUCACAGAAGCUUAAUCUAGAGGAAUAUGUAAGUCCUUUAAUGUCAAAUCGAAAAAGAAUGUAUUACGAUUCCAGUAUGAACUUGAAAGUCAUGUAAACUUGGGCGUCUCUCCAAACCUGUAAAUAAAUUAUCAAUAUAUGAUUAUGGCAAAAUUAAAAAAUAUGUCUAGAGUUUCAAAUGAAAAUAAAAAACAAAUGCCCUGCUAAAUGGUAACUCUAUGAAUUUAGAUUAGGUUUAGUCUCACUGUGAAUUUUGUUUUCUGACGCUGUCAAAGCCAGUUGGUGAAAUAUCAAACAGGAACACAAAUGGUGUUUUCAGAACACAAAAACAACUUGUGUUCUUUUUGUCCCAGUCCCCGAUCUUUU